AUGCAAAAUGACGUUUGUUUGCUUAAAUUUGAGGAGGAUCUCCUUGCCAUUGAAGAAACGGCAAGAGCCUGCCUUGCUUCAGAAUUUCCCGAAGCUGGACAAGCUUGCUGGAUUGCCGGAUGGGGAUUUUACGAGGAGGAUAGUGGUAGUUCGGACAUACUUAAGAGCGUCGGUUUGAACAUUCUUUCCCAUGAGUAUUGCAAGGAACAUGCUCCAGCUUCGAAUAUGAUGACCCAGAAUGAAAUCUGUGUCGGGCUCCCGGAUUCUGAUGACGCUGACGAUCUCACAGAUGGCGGUAGUGGCGCAUGUAGUGGCGACUCUGGAGGACCUCUCAUUUGCAAUGUCGAUGGGUUCGCGACAGUCAUGGGUGUAGCAUCUUACACUUGGCCGCCUUGUGGCUCCGCUGGGCUACCCUCUAUCUACGCUUCGAUCGCACAUGACAAUUGGGUUGAGAUGGUCCUUAAAGGCAACAACGCUGUUGAAUUUGAUCCUGUUUCUGACCGAAUCGAUGAAACUUUAACGACUUGCUCUGACGCACGAUCGCUUGAAAAGAUUAUAGAAGGAACACAUUUGGACUCGCAAGGACAAGCACAUUGGCCGUGGUUGGCGCGACUUGCAAUCGGAGCGUUAGAUGGAGGAACUUGUGGUGGCACAAUAAUUGAUAAUCACUGGGUUCUCACAGCUGCUCAUUGUGUUGAACAUACAACCACAGUUUUCGCUACUUUCAAUGAUUAUUCAAGCGUUGAAAAUGAAAAUGGCGAAAAAACACUCGAAGCAAGUCAAGUUGAAAUACAUGAUGACUACUUUGAUGAUCCAAACGGACUUUCUUUUAUGGACAUUGCUCUCCUUAAGUUCGACGAAGAUCUUCUUUCUUUAGAUGGAACAGCUAAGGCUUGUUUGGCAACAAGCUACCCAGAAGCCGGACAAGCAUGCUGGGUUGCCGGUUGGGGAAUGCCUGAAGACGAUCAUCCAGUGGACUCAAUUCCAGCCUCAACGAUCCUUAAGAGCGUCGGUUUAAAUGUUUUUUCACAAGAAUACUGCGCACAGAAAGCAGAAUUCGAUCUUUCUACUAUGCUGAAAUCUCAUGAUAUCUGUGUCGGUAUUCCGGAUUUGGACGGGGACGGAGAAAUGGAAACUGGCGAAAGCAUUUGCAUGGGAGACUCAGGUGGACCUCUUAUCUGCAAUGUGAAUGGUGCUGCAACUGUCAUGGGUGUUGCUUCAGGCGUAUGGAGGCCAUGUGGAGCAAAGACGCUUCCUUCUGUAUACGACUGGAUAGCACAAGAUAAUUGGAUUAGCCAGACCAUUGCAGCGAACACUUGA